AUGGCCCAUAGGUGGAUGAACUGGCAGACACAACUGCUCGCCGAGAUGGCGGAGAAGUCCUCGACGAUAUGCAUUCCCCUGGAUCCGUUUGAAAGGGAAUUCGAUGAGUGGUUCGCAGAGAGUUCUUACCAGUGGCGACUCUGGGUUGAUAUGGUCAAUAUACUAGAGCCUGGUAUCAAGCAAAAACAUUCCGAGAUAAUCAGGUUCGCUGGUGCAGCACAACAGACCUUGACAGAUAGCCACAAAGAGGCUUUUCCGAAAAGUCCGAAUCUCACCGUCAUUAACUCGACUAUUACAGCACUUGGGCUGAUAACAGGCAUAGCUGUCGAGGUGGGUACAGACUAUAACUCACUCACGAGGUCCUUUCGGACAGACCAAGAGUGGCGGCACUCUUGGAGCAAGCAUUACUCCAGAGCAGCUCAGCUACAGAGCUUCAGGGCGCUUACCGAACAGUACAUGACCCUUAUUACGGAAUAUAAUGACGAUGAUUGGGCUACAAUUUGUGUCAUCGAGGAAGUCAAAUGCAGUGGUCGGUACUACAGGUUUAACGCCCAGCGGUCCGCUGAUUCCGCCGCGGCAGUCCGACCUAACGUUUUGAGAUCAAUAUGGACUGCCUUGUCGGGACUCACCGAUUCUGCCUCUUCACAGACUGCCUGA